AUGAUCACCUCCAUCUGUGAAGAGUACUACCAGUUCAUUCUCACGCAAGGCGUACUAGGCGGUUUCAGCGUGGGGAUGCUGUAUACUCCAUCCAUUUCAAUUAUGGGUCACUACUUCCACCGCCGGCGCGAUCUGGCCAUCGCCGUCGCCUCCGCUGGCUCGCCCCUGGGCGGAGUGAUAUUCCCCAUCGCCCUGCUUCAGAUGCUGGAACACUCCUCUAUCGGAUUUGGCUGGGCUGUGCGGGGGGUUGGGCUGAUAUUUCUUUUCUUCCUCUGCAUUGCCUGCGCUACGCUAACGCCCCGAGUGACUCCGCGGCGAGGACCGCACUUCCUCUCCGCCGCGUUCAGGGACCCGGUGUAUGUGUCUCAGCUGGUUGGUUACUGUUUGGUGUUCUGGGGCAUAUACACACCCUUUUUCUUCCUGCCAUCGUUCGCCAUUCUGCAGGGCGUCAGCGUCGACUGGGCCUUUUAUGUACUGCCCAUCUACAACACCGGUUCGUUUGUGGGACGCAUCGUGUGUGGCCGUCUAACCACCAUCUGUGGUAGGUUCAACACUUUGCUGGCAGCCAUACUUGUCUCGGCCGUGUUGAUGUUUACCUGGAUUGCUGCAACAUCGCUGGUGGGCAUCAUUGUGUUUGCUGUGCUAUUUGGCUUCUCAUCCGGGGCUAUCAUUGGUCUCUUCCCCGCUGCGGUGGCCGUGACUGCGCCGAGAGCAAACCAGAUCGGAACGUACCUGGGCAUGACAAUGGGGGUGCUCGGACUGUUUUGUCUGACCAGUUCGCCGAUGAUGGGCGCCAUCGUGACCCGGUCUGACGGCCGGUAUGACGAGGCAAUCAUUUUUAGCGCUGCCCUUAUUGCUGUGGGAGGGAGCUUGAUUGUGUUUGCUAGGGUGAAGCAUUCCGGCUGGAAACUGAUUGCUUGA